AUGAGAACGCCUGGCCCGAAAUCAACCCCCGAGGACCGACGAAGAGGCGAGGUCGCGCUCAGCGAGUUUGCUGAAUACGCAGACAAGCAGCAGUCGCGCCGCUCCGCCCACCCGGUGCCUCCCGAAAAUGGCACAAGCGACAAAUCCGCUGGCCAUGAGGAUCAUGCGGAAUUGGACAUCCUUGACCAGCUGGGGCUCUCCGAUGACCCGAAAACCGUGAAGUUGAAGGACCUCCUGCUUAGUCCCGAGGACAAAGUCGAAGAGAAUACAAAGGUUCUGGCGGAAAUCCUGCAAAAUCGGAUUGACGAAGGUCAUGGAGAGACUGUCUUCGACCUUGGUCUGGAGGAUGGUGGAGAGUCCAUGUCCCUCUCUCUCGACGAGUGGAACAAGGCGCUCCAGCGGCUCCGUGAUACGGCAGACACCCUCGCGGCGCAUUGCCGUAUUCUGCUUACCUACAAUGUCGGAGGCCCCGACGAGUCGCGCGUCCCGAAUGAUCGAGUAAAGGGUGCGUGGGGUAAGGUCCUGGUUCGACAGCCUGCUGAGACGGUGGAGGAAAUGGCUGAGAUUCGUGUGGCCGUCGUGGGAAAUGUUGAUGCGGGAAAAAGUACCAUGCUUGGUGUUCUCGUGAAAGGGGGCCUGGAUGAUGGUCGUGGAAAGGCUCGAGUGAAUCUGUUCCGCCAUAAACACGAAAUUGAGAGCGGACGAACGAGCUCCGUCGGUAUGGAAAUCAUGGGCUUUGAUGGUCAUGGUGAAGUCGUGAGCAGCUCUCAGGGCCGCAAACUAUCCUGGGAGGAAAUCGGUAAACGGUCCGCUAAGGUUAUUUCCUUCUCCGAUCUAGCCGGCCACGAGCGUUACCUGCGAACGACAGUCUUUGGAAUGCUUAGCAGCAGCCCCAACUACUGCCUCCUCAUGGUUGCAGCCAAUAAUGGGCUCAUCGGCAUGAGCAAAGAGCAUCUGGGUAUAGCUCUUGCUUUGAACGUGCCGGUGAUGGUAAUCAUCACCAAGAUAGACAUCUGCCCUCCACAGAUCUUGCAGGAGACAAUUUCCCAGCUGACCAAGAUUCUCAAGUCGCCUGGAGCGCGCAAGAUACCUAUAUUCGUCAAGAAUAUGGAAGAGACCAUCAACACUGCGGCGCAGUUUGUCUCUCAGCGGAUAUGCCCGAUCUUCCAGGUUUCCAAUGUCACUGGUGACAAUCUCGAGCUGGUUCGCACGUUCUUGAAUAUUCUUCCCUAUCGCGGCCAGUACAACCCCGAUGCACCAUUCGAGUUCUUGGUCAAUGACACGUUCUCCGUGCCUCAUGUCGGUACAGUCGUCUCGGGUGUGGCCAAGUCCGGGGUGAUACAUGCAGGCGACACAGUCUUGGUUGGGCCUGACUCCCUUGGCCAGUUCACAACGACGACUAUCAAGUCCAUUGAGCGCAAGCGUAUUCAAGUGAAUGCCUGCUUCGCUGGACAGUCUGGCUCGUUUGCGCUAAAGCGAGUGCGUCGGAAAGAAGUUCGCAAAGGCAUGGUUGUUCUUAAGAAGCUUGAACAGCCUCCAAAGGUCUUCAAGGAGUUUGUCGCAGAGGUUCUUAUCCUGUCCCACGCGACAACCAUUAAACCCAGGUAUCAAGCGAUGCUUCACGUCGGGGCAGUGAGCCAAACAUGCUCCGUCAUAGACAUUGAUCGCCCCUACAUAAGGACUGGCGAUCGUGCUCUUGUUGCUUUCCGAUUCAUGCAACGCCCUGAGUUCCUCGCUCCUGGAGAUCGAGUACUUUUCCGGGAGGGCAAGACCAAGGGCUUGGGUAUUGUCAAGAGUGUUGGAUACGAUCCGAGCAACCCAUUGAACCCCGAAAUGAAGAAAGAAUUUGAGCGGAAAGAAUAG